AUGAAAGUUGCAAUCAUCGGCGCUGGAGCAAGCGGCCUAACCUGCAUAAAAUCUUGCAAAGACGAUGGUUUGGAGCCAGUGUGCUUUGAACAAGAGGAUUCCAUCGGAGGACUGUGGUAUUUUACGGAAGAAGAGCGGCAUAGCUCUGUUUACAGAUCAACUGUAAUCAACACCAGCAAAGAGAUGAUGUGUUUUUCAGAUUUUCCAAUACCUAAGGAGUAUCCACCGUAUAUGCGCCAUGAUAAAAUCGUACAAUACUUCCAUCUUUACGCUGAAGCGUUUGAUCUCUACAAGCACAUUCGAUUCCGUACGAAAGUAGUCGAUCUUAGAAAAACGUUUGAUUUUGAAGAGAGCGGAAAAUGGGAGAUUGUCUUUCAAGAACUCAACGGGAAGGAUUCUGGAGAAGACAGAGUAGAAGUUUAUGAUGCGGUGAUGUUAUGUGUCGGGCAUCAUUCUGAGCCUUCGUGGCCAAAUCCUAAGUUUCCGGGCCAGGACGAGUUUGCUGGCGUAAAGAUUCACAGUCAUUCCUACAAGGAUUUUAAACCCUUCGAAAACAAAAAGGUUCUGGUGUUGGGUACGUCAAACAGACAGUUAGAUAGCAUUUAUUUUAGCAAAAUAUAAAAUUAAGGCCUGGUUUACAUAAAGGAGAUUGGUCCGGAUUUAUAAAUGUUCUGGAUGUAUAACAAUAAAAUUAUUAGAUUAUUCAAAUGGCCAGGCGUUUAUCCUGGCCGGGGGUACACUCAAGGAAAGUUUGGGUAGUGAUGUGCUGACGACCCAAUUCAUACCUAAUGGGGAAGUGCUCUCCUUCCCCUGGUAUUUAAACAAUUUACAACACUGGUUGGGGGACUUUGCCAGACUGCUUAAGGUGCAGUUUAAAAGUAAUGAGGGAAUGAGUACUGAUGCCCCCAUACAAAAGUGUGAAAGUGAGAUAGACCACUACACUGGGCACUACGUGCCCUACUCUUUACGAAGAGCGUGUGGGUCCUUUAACAUCCCACAGAUUUAUUACAUGUGCAAGGGCUUGUGAGACGGGGCCUACGGUUUAUUGUCCUUAUCCGAGAAGACUAGAAAGUCUAACCGUUUGCGGAUGUUAUUACAAAGGCAGCACUUUCUGCUCAGUUAUUUAAAGACCGUGAGUGUUGGUCCGGCUGGGGUUUGAACCUACAGCCUCCUGCUCAGUAUACCGGCACUUAUCCCAUUGAGCUAACCUUGUGGCGGUUAAUGUGAUGGUUAAUAUCAUUUGAAACUAGAAGCAGAGACAUUAACAAUAGAUAGUUAUGACACCAACUUCUUGCACUUUUUUCUCGUUCCUUGACCUCUGAUUUCCUUGGAAUAGAAUACUUGUUAAUGUAGUUAAUGUUUUAUUUUAUUUUAUUACAUGGCCAUGUCUCAAAAGGACUGGAAACAAAUAAAUUCAAGAAUUUGAUUGGCUAAAAUCGAUCUUGACAGCGGUCUAGAUUUUCCCAUCUAGACCAGCAUCUAGACCGAUCUUGUUGUAACAGUUGUCCUCAAAAAGUUACAAACAAAGAAUAUAAAAAAAUUGGCUUGUUUGUACAAAGUUUGUACAAAGCUGGACUUUGAACAGUUAUUUUUGUCCCGUUCGGACUGGAGACCAGUGACAGAAGAAAGCCAGCUAAAUGCUUGAGCCCACGCAGGGAAGCAAAUAAAAUUAUAUAUGUUUUUGUUCCUUAGCUUUCUUGUUUGGCUAUAUAAUCAUCUUAUUAACCGAGCUAGGUCGGUCUGUAUGGGAGAAGUUUGACCUAAGAGUCAAAUAUAAACACCAAUAGGUGAGCUUUUGCGCGAAAACAUAUCUUCACACGUGAAAAUAACAUGUUAUUUUCACAUGUGAAAAGAUCACCGUUGCUAUGGCUGCAUAAUAAAUUGCACCUUUCACAGCCACAAGCUAUUGAAGUGAAACGGUUUGGUAUUUCAUUGGUCUUUAUAUAAUAUAAAUAGAAAUAGAACAUUACAUGGUCGCUUGGAGAUACAAAAUUUCUCUUCUCAUGUUGAAAAGUAUUAUUCACCACUUGAAGAGAAUUUUUUUUAUCACCGUACGGCCAUGUAAUAUCCUUUAUUUAUUUUUCUGUGAUGCGUGAUUGCUUUAAAAACAAUCAGCAUGAUGCAUGAUAGGUCCCCCCCCCCCAUUUACUGCCCUGUAUAUAGCUAACAAUUUUCAUUUGAAUAUAAUCAAAUUGCUUUUGAGUAAACAGACCUUUCUAUACAAAUUUAGAUUGUGAGAGUUUAACAUUUCCGACCAGUCAGUCAUUUUUUCCAUCAAAAUGCAUAAAUUAUUCCAGAUGAGAAAACACCAGCUUGUCAACUGAGAAAUAACCCAGUUUAAGUCAUCUUGACCAGUGAGAGCUUGUCUUGGGGGUUAACUAAGGGUUGUAUGUCCCGCAGUAUAUAAAUCAUUUUACAUACCAUUGUAUUAUAUGAAAUGAUUAAUACACUGUUAUUAUUAUUUUUUUGUGCAGGUAUAGGAAACUCUGGAGGAGACAUUGCCGUGGAACUUAGUCGCCACUCUUCACAAGUCUUCCUUAGCACUCGCAGGGGUGCAUGGGUGCUGUCCCGCCUUGGGAAAGGUGGUGAGCCCGCAGACCAACAAGCAGGGAGACGAUUUAUAUGGUCUUUACCUAGAAAAUUACUUGGUUACCUUUUUCACAAGGUAGUAAAUGAGAGAUUUGAUCAUGAAGCAUUUGCAUUGCGCCCUCAACAUCCUAUUACUGCUCAGCAUCCUAUGGUUAAUGAUGAUCUUCCCCAUCGCAUCAUCACAGGAAAUGUGGUUGUUAAGCCCAACGUGAGCCACUUCACUAAGACAGGAGUUGUUUUUGAUGAUGGUUCUGAAGUGAAUGACUUGGAUGUAGUGAUCUUUUGCACAGGAUACAAGAUUGGAUUCAAGUUUAUAGAUCAUUCCAUUUUGCCUGUAAAUGAUAACAUGGUUGAAUUGUACAAAUAUGUAUUUCCACCAAACCUGGAAAAACCAACUCUUGCUGUUCUUGGUUGCAUUCAGCCCCUCGGAGCUAUUUUUCCUAUAUCAGAGUUACAAGCACGCUGGGCAACGCAAGUCUUUAGUGGAAAGAAAUCACUCCCCUCAAAGGUUGCUAUGAUGGAAAACAUCAAAAAGAAAAAAGAAGAUAUGGCAAAGCGAUACUAUGCUACUAAGCGUCACACCAUACAGGUGAGAUGUCAUAAUAAUUAUAGGACCUCAAAAUUUGUAAGAAGAAAAGUAACCCUUAGUAACAUGUUCUAACAUUCGACAAUAUUUAUCAACUCUAAAAACAUUUUCUGCAUGCAAGACACCCGUGGCCACCCUAAGGCUGGUUCUGAUAUGCUGCCAGUGGUCUCCCAAGGUAUUUAAGGCUAUGCAGGCCACCUGACUUAAUUCACAGGAAAAAUGCUGCCACCUGGCUUAAAAGCCAAAGAUAUAACCCUCGGCCAACAGAAGCCUAUGUUGACAUUUAGAACUAGUUAUUUCAGAGAAGAAAUCUCGCUAUAAAAGUUAAUGAAACAUUGUCUGUUGUUUCUAUUUGAGUGUUUUCUCACAAUUGUUCAUUAAAAUAAUAAAAUUGAUUUACUGUUGGAUGAAUAUUUUUAAACCUGUGAUGCAUUGCUUUCACUGAACACAAACAGCAGCCAUCACAAAGGGCCAUUCAAAAAGCUUAGAUGGAAAACGAAAUGAAAUUCUUGCACUCACUCUUUAGGGAGUUUCAAAAUCGAGAACUCGGUCAAUCAAAGAUGCAUGAAAUGAAAAUUAAAAGCUGGUCAAAACAAACUGAGUUCUUUUUCUCUGUGGAGAAAGACAGAAAUAUGGUGGAAGAAGUUCAGAGACCUAAAACGACACCAGAUGUUCCAAAAUCAGUUAUUCCAAAUAGGAAAAAUCUGGUUAAUACCCCCUGGCCUUCCUUAAAUCCUAAGGAGAACACUGGCUGCUGACCUGGGGUUGGUUGUUCAAAUCAGAUGGGUUUAACUAAUCGCGAGUAUGUUAGGCCUAACCAGAUUAAAUUUCUUAACCACGGAUUUGUUAACUUCAGGUUGAAAAUACAUUGUUCAAAGUGCAGUUAGAGGACUGGCUAGUUAACCUUUGGUUUACUGCAACUAACUUGCAGUUUGCAUCUCAUAAUACUUGAUUACAUGAAAUUUUGGCAACGUAUUAAUUUAGCGAUUUUGAAAAAUCCUUUUUUAGUCGCACUUUAAUUUAGCGAUAUUUCAAAAUUAUUGUGUAAUGUAAGUGACUUAAUUUUCACAUUUUCACAAACUGAAACUUUGGCGAAUUAAGGUAUUAAAAACUUUUACGACGACAAUAGAACAUUUAUGUGAUAAAAUCAAACAUCAGUAGCUUCCUUUUAAUUAAAAUCAUACAACAUUCUGAAACUUAAUUUUGAAUGAAACAAACCAAACUGCAACUACUGUAAUGCUAUGACCUCACUCAGAUUCAAGGUACACAAAGUCAAUAAUACAGGUCAUAAUCGACUGUUAAAUAGCAUAUGUCUGUGAAAGUGAUCAGAUGGGGAAAUUCCAUAUUGUACUCAUUUAAAUUAAGCGACAAUUUAAAUUUAGUAGCACUUAAUUUUGAUGCCUUUUCCUUUAACGAUUUUAAGAAUUUUAGAAAAAUUGCUGAAUUCACCAAAUUUUACUGUCGCCAAAAUAUCAUGUACAGUGGAACCCCGAUUUAACAAGGGGCCAAGGGACUGACAACAUUUGUUUGCUAUAAAGAGUUUUCAUUUAAUAUCGAGGUCCUUUUUCAUAUAUUUUACUACUGUUGGGGAAAAGAAAAUCAUUUGUUAUAAUGAGGACUUUGUUAUAUAGAUAUAGGUUCGUUAAAUCGAGGUUCCACUGUAUUAAGGUACUUUUAAUUCUUUUAUGUCCUAAAAAAUAAGAGGAGGAAAAAUAAGUAAUCCCAGAAAACUUAUUUGUUGCCUCAGAUUUACUAUUAACCAAGAAAGUCGAAGAAAAAUUGCACGUUUCGCAAAGUAUGUUGACAAACAGUGUGACAAGCCAAAGGAAAAAAGUGUGGACACAAAUAACACCAAAACAAUGCUGUAGGCCUGGUGAAAGUCCCAGGCCAGAGAAGUGGCAGAAUCUUCCUUCUUGUGCCUAGUUUAUAUAAUUCACAAACUUUCAAAAAGAAACAAAGAGAACUGGUGGGCUCUAAGGUCUUCAUAAAAUUUUCAAUGUUUAUCUUUUAUCACUCAGGUUGACUACAUUCCAUACUGUGAUGAAAUAGCCAGUGAGGUCGGUUGUAAACCAGACUUGUGCAGGCUCUUUUUCAGUGACCCAGUCUUGGCCCUAAGGUGCUUUUUUGGACCCUGUACACCAGCACAGUAUCGUCUCAUGGGACCUGGUACAUGGGUGGGUGCAAAAAAGGCCAUUGAAGAUGCUCCUGGAAAUGUGAUUUAUGCAACAAAGACCCGAACUUCACCACACGAGAAGAAAAUGACAUCCACAGAAACACACAGCCUAAAGAUUUUGGUUUUAGUAGUUGUGUUGGUUGCUUUCUUUCUGAGAUACAUACAGUCAUAGGUAAUUCAGCCAUCAGAUGUUAUUGUAAAUUUUACCACUUAGCUUCUAUAAUAAUGCAGUACUUCAGUUCGACCUUUCUUUAAUGGCCACCUUGGAAUAUGUAACAUGUAAUAACAAACAAGGGUUUAAGCCAUUUAUUUUAUCUUGUACAUCUUUUUCAGAUCCAGAAAGAAAUACACUAUCAAGUUACACUUGCCAGGUUUCACCACAAACAAUCAUUAA